GGAUUUAUCAAGAAAACAUUGGAAAUAUAUAAAAUUUAUAGAUAAUAUUGAGUUGCAAUAUGAUUGUAUAAAUGAAAAUAUGUUAAAUUGGGAUGAGAAGUCUUUAAAAUUAGCUUUGGAGUAUAUUAUUGAACAUAUUAAUUUGAACAAUUUGUCUUUGGAUAAACAAAGGUACUUGAAAGACAAAUUCAAUAAAGUUCUAAUGUUUGAGAAGGUUAAUUCAUAUUUAUUGGACUAUAAUUGGAACAAAUUUCAAAAUAUAUCAAAAGAAGAUGCAGUAAAUAUAUUAGAGACUCUUCUUAUGAACAAGCAGAUUGAAUUAAGCUUAGAUUGGAUUGCUCUAUAUGGAAUUACAAAAGAUCAAAUGUUAUAUAUUGAUGAAGAUUUCAUUAGUGAAUCACUUGAAGUGAACCAAAAAAACAUGCUCAUAAUAUCGAAAUUUCUUCAUGAAUUAAAUGUGAAUCAAGCAUUGGUUGUAUGUGAAAAAAUCUAUAUUGCAUGUUAA